AUGGCUUCAGUGAUCACCUCCAAUUCAACUAUUGUCGAGCCAUUGACCGGUGGCUGCUAUUGCGGCACAAUCACCUACACGAUGAAGGCAUCUCCUAUCUUCGUCAAUUGCUGCCACUGCCGGAACUGUCAGCAGCUAUCCGGAUCCGCAUUUGCACUGAACAUCAUGAUUGAAGCCAGCAAUGUCGAAAUCACCUCGACUUCUCGGCCCAAGAGCACGACUGAAGAUGAACGUCCAGCAGCACAGAAGAACGAGCAACCCAAAAGUGGAGGAGGAGUACGGUGUCCAAAUCCGAAAUGUGGGAGUUUGUUAUGGGGAACACAUCCUUUCUUCAGCGACAAGAUCAUCUUUCUACGAGCCGGCACUUUGAAAGAAAGUGACAGGAUCGUACCAGAUGCUCAUUUCUUUAUUAGAAGCAAGCAUCCAUGGAUCGUCAUCCCAGAAGGUGUCAGGCAAUUUGAGACCUUGGGAGGAAAGAAUGAUCCCCCUCUCUGGAGUCUAGAAGGCAAGAAAAGAGUCCAUCAGGUCAUGACAGACAAUCAAGCUUGA